CGUCACGGUCGUCGGCAGCCCUGUCGUAAAGCGACAGCGCUGUCGUGCAGUGUCGAUGGAGCUGAACUUUAAACCAUGGCUGUAGGAGAGACGUGUGUGUUUUUAUCUUCUUAUUGGAGAACUCCAGUUAGCGUGUCGUCAGUGAACUCGGGGGUCUCAAUGGUUUAACAGAACCAGCGACGUGAACAGGAGGAGACUCGCUUAAACUGAAGGUUGUGUGUGCAGUCUGAUGAUGGGUUCCUGGCAUCCAGUGAAGAACCUCAGAGACUAUGCAUCCCAUAAUCCUCCAAUGGUGACCUUUCUUCUGUGUAUGUUGAGUCUGGUCAUCUCCUUCAUCUGCCUGGGCUCUUACAGCUACUCUCACACUCUGCCCAACCCCGACACAGCAAAGGACUGGAACCAGCUUCUGUCCUCCCUCUCUCAGCUCCAGCUGUGUACGAAAGCCAGUGCAGAUUCAUCUGUACUCGUGUCACCAGCUCCCUCUCUUCUGGUGGAACAGAAAAACGAUAAAGAGACAAUGGUUGACCCUACAAAAACGUCUUCUUCAGUCACACAUUUUCAUGUCAAGGUUCCUGUGGCGUUGACUGCCAGCUCAGCUCAUGGCUCUGUAAAACGCUUUGGUCUUUCCACUUCCUUGCGAGCCAGUCAACUACAUCUCGGUGGAAAUGAGAUUAUCAAUAUAACUCUAGAGUUUCUGACGGGAAAUAGAACCCACACCUGCCUCAACAUUAGUGCCCCAUCACACCUCCUGCCCCCGAGCCCACGUCCCAUGAAGUGUCCUGCAUUUAAGAAAAAUAUUUCACCCGUCCAUGUGGAAGUGAGCAACCAGCUGCCUGUGGCAUCACAAACCUGCUACAGUUUACGCAGCAAAAAUGACCCGACACUCACAGUCAUGUUGACACAGGAGGAGCGGAAUGUUGCAGUGCGUCAUCUGUUGGAAGUCAGUGUUUUCCUGCUCGGAGUUUGCAUGGUACUCUGUUUAGCUGCGAGUGUGAAACGUUCGCUAUUGCCCUGCUACAACUGGAAAGGGCUGGAUCUAAAACAUGAACCAUUGAUUGACUCCUGAUCUUUCCUGACCCUCUGCAUCCUGUAGAGAGCAGCUGGUUGCUGCUUUUAAAGAAAGUGACCUCAUGAAUGUGUUUAAGUGGAGCAUCCCUCUAAUAAGAAACUGAAGCUCUAUACUGCAUCCAAGGGAGAAAUUGAAAUUGAGGGAUAUGAUGAAGAAAGAGUAUAUUUUGCAGUUGGAUCAUGGUUCAAUGGGAACAACUUUUCAUCACAUAAUGCCUUAACUGGUGGCUGGUCAUAUACCACUCCCCAGUCUGUUUGUGAUAUACAGUACAUUCCAGGGAUUAUUAACUUUCAAAACUUUUCUACUUCAAUUAUAUCCCGGAAUCAUUCUUAGUACCUUGUAAAUAAUUAUCUGAUUGCACUCAACUUUGUCAGGUUUAAAUAUACCAUUUUUUUUUUUCAAUUAAAAAUAAAAAAUGCACGUUAUUUGACCACUGUUGAGUAAUAAUAUAAUAUACCCUGUUCCUAUCAGCAGUUGUACUAGUUGUGUUUUAUUACUUUAAUGGACAUGUCUGACAUUGAUCAUAGAAGUCAAAUGUACAGAUCCACAGCGUGAGUAUUUUUGGAUUCACCCAGAGACUAUGUAAUGAAUUGUGACUUUAAUAUUGGGGGACAUUUUCAGAAGUGAUUAUUGAAGAGACAUUGACAGGUUUCUAACUCUUGUUGUUUGUUUUCUAAAUUUCAACAUUUGGUGUUAAACGGAUACAACGUGAAA